AGGGCUGCUUUUUGAAUCAGCGGCGUUGUUAUUGACGCCAUAUUGCUGGUGUGGAAGAGUCACAGAGAGACGGGGCGCAGCGGCCGUCAACGCCAUCGGUUGUCAUCGGCGGCCCCGGGCCGGGUAGCCUGCCAUCCAGCCGCCCCACCGACCCAGACACCCUCCCGGAUUCGGCCCGGGGAGGAUUUGCCGCGGGCAGAACCCCAGAAGCCAGCCGGGGCAGGAGCUCCGGGCCGCUCCCUGGAGGCCGGCGAGAAGAAAGCCGAGGCGCAACGGGAGCCCCCCCCUGAGCCUGACGCGGCGCGCCGGCGACUGAAGCGACGCCCUUUCCCCGGCCCUCGGUCAGACCUCCCGGCCGGUCUCUUGGUGGGGAAGGCCGAGCCGCCUCCUCCGCCCCCUCCCCUUCCCCGGCCGCCCUCCUCUUCCUCCCUCCCGGCUCUCGCCCGGCUCGGCCAUGGCCUGCGGAGCCACCUUGAAACGGACUCUGGAGUUCGACCCGCUGCUGAGCCCGGCCUCGCCGAAGCGGCGGCGCUGCGCCCCAUUGUCCGCUUCGGCGGCAGCGGCCUCCUCCUCCUCGGCGGCCUCCUUCGCCUCGUCGCCGCAGAAGUACCUGCGCAUGGAGCCGUCGCCCUUCGGGGAAGUGUCCACCCGCCUCACCACAGAACAAAUUCUGUACAAUAUAAAACAAGAGUACAAACGCAUGCAGAAGAGGAGACACUUAGAAAACUUUCAGCAGACAGAUCCCUGUUGUUCUACUGAUGCACAGUCACAAGCAUUUCUCCUGACUGGACCAGCUUUGCCAGGUACUUCACCUGCGGCAGCAUCACCACUGAAAAAAGAACAGCCCCUCUUUACUCUCAGACAAGUUGGAAUGAUCUGUGAACGUUUACUCAAAGAACGUGAAGAGAAAAUUCGUGAAGAGUAUGAAGAAAUCCUGACCACAAAACUUGCAGAACAGUAUGACGCAUUUGUGAAGUUCACGCAUGACCAGAUCAUGCGACGAUAUGGAGAACAGCCUGCAAGUUAUGUUUCAUGAAUCAUGUUUUCUGCAUAUGUGGGCAGCCCUGAAAUCCUGUUCUAUUGUUGCAAGCUGUCCUUUAAAGACUUGCAGCAAUGCCAUAUUCCCCCUUCUCCCCACAUACACUGGUUACUUCAAGCUUUUGUCAGUGGCAACCACUCUUAUGCAGCAACUGGUUUUGGAGCGCUCCCUGAUGUCAAUACCACCUGGAUGUGGACCUUUGCUACCUGUUAAUACCAGUGGUCUCAUUUGCUGUAUCAUUACAAUUUGGCUUAUGUUAAUAAGUUUGAAAGUAAAACCUUCACUGGUUGUGUAAAUAAAUGUGUAGAAUGACACUUCUGACUGAAGUUAGUGUGGUUUUCAUAACUGUGCACUGCAAAGCUGUAUUCACAGUUAAAUUAGAAUGUAAUCCUUGGGACAACUUUUAAGAAAAUAGCCCACAGUACUGCCUGUGAAAUAGUGAAGGAGGGCGUUUCUGUAUUCCAUGACCUUUUUGAGGGCUAAGAAUGGGUUUAUAUAAUUUCUCAGUUUUGUAGUUUUUAUUUAUUCUAUCAGUCUUUAACAAAUGUUUAUUGCUGCAAUUUUUCAGUGUAUCAUUGUUUUACUGCCCUUGUAGUACUGGAAUUUAAUUGAAAGAAUAAAACAUUUACUUCUAA